AUGUCGUCUUCAAUGUAUUUUGGUGUUUUUAGUCUUGUAGAGGGAGUGAUGGGGAUCACCUUGAAUGCCUUCAUUAUCCUUACAAACAUGAUAGGUCUGAGAAGUGGCUCCAAGCUGACUCCACCGGACAUCAUCCACGUGGUCAUGGGGAUGGUUAAUAUCUCUCUGCGAGGUUUGCUCCUUGGACACUUUCUAGGUAUUUGGCUCUCUGCCUCCUAUUCCAUAUGGUUCUAUGUCACAGCUUCUCCUGUACCAUUCCUGAUGUACUACACCUUCUGGCUGACCGCCUGGCUCUGCACCUACUACUGCACCAGCAUCACCACCUCCAACAAUGGACUCUUUACCUGGAUGAAGAGAUGUCUCCCCUCUUCUCUGCCUCACCUCCUCGUGUCUUCAGGUCUUGUCUCACUUGUCAUCAGUAUUCCAGCCAACUGGGUUCUCUAUGUGAGCUUUCAGGGAACAUCCUUUGGGAACGGGACAUUCAUCAUAACCAACGUGGGAAUAAGGUCUAAGAGCUUGGUGUACAUUGUGAUGGCCAACCUGCUGGGAUGUUGUCUGCCAUUCAUUCUCAUCCUCUUCUCUCUUAUCACCUCUGUAUCGUCUCUUCUAAGACACAUUCGGAAUAUGAAGAAAAACAAUUUAGAAUCUAUUCGUCAUAAACUCCAGUCCCAUAUCAAUGCUAUAAGAACUAUGGUUAUGUUACUAAUGCUUUCAGGACUGUUCUACACAGCAGAGAGUAUUCUUUUCAACAUAGAGUCCAUGGGAGACGUGAAGAUUGUGGUCAGCUGGUGGGUAAUAAUUAUGUUUCCUACAUCGGAAGCCGUCAUCAUGAUCCAGGCCAGCCAGAAACUGAGGAAGACAUUUCUGGGGGUGUUCUGUCCGGCCAAACUGAUGAAUGGCAUCACAAACUUGGCAACCCUGAACCUAAAACUGAACCCAGCUGGUUUUAAUUCUGAUCCUGAUCAUAUCCACCUGUAA